GAAUAGAACUGCCACAUAGGUUUUGCAAGGAGAGGCUGGUAGAUUCAAAAAGUCAAAUUUUGGUUAUCAGCCAAGCUCUUAACCACUGCUCCACCAGGAAUCCCAUCUAUGUACAUGAAUAUACAUGUGUAUAUAUAUGUGUACUGUGUAUAUGCAUACGUGCAUGUAUAUGUAUACGUAUAUGUACAUCUAAGUCUACAUUGUCACAUACUUACACCUAUGUCUUUACCUGUGUCUAUCUUUACCUCUAUGUUUACCACAGGGUUUCUCAACUUCUGCCAUAGUGACAUCUUGGACUGGAAAUUUUCUUAUUGUGUGGAGUUAACCUGCAUAUAGUAGAAUGUUUAGUAACACCCCAGGCUUCCAUUAGAUACCAGUAGUACCCUUCUCCUAGUUGUGACAUCCAAAAAUGUCUCAGGCAUUGACAAAUAUUCUUUGGGAGCAAAUUUUACCCAACUGAUAACAAGUUAGAUUUCUCUUUCUUUCCCUCUUUCCCUCUCUAUCUGUAUCUUCAUAUGCCUAUGCCUUAUUUGUGGGUGGGUUUAAUUACAAAUUACUAUACUAGAAAGUGUGGAUUUAUCUUAUCCAUUUAGCAUAUUGCUUUUCUAUAAUAAAAAUCUACCAGUUGAUGCUAUAUGAAAUCUGUUGACUAUGCUGUUGUCUCUAUCCAGAAUAGGUUACCUGAUAGACCAAGAUGGAAAAACACAAUCUAACAGUGCUGAAUGAAUUCAUUCUUAUGGGAAUCACAGACCACCCAGAGCUGCAGGCUCCAUUGUUCGGGCUGUUCCUCAUCAUCUACAUGAUCUCAGUAGUGGGCAACUUGGGCAUCAUCAUCCUCACCAAGAUGGACUCCAGGCUACAAACUCCCAUGUACUUUUUUCUCAGACACCUGGCUAUCACUGAUCUUGGUUAUUCAACAGCUGUGGGACCCAAAAUGCUAGUCAAUUUUGCUGUGGAUGAAAAUACAAUCUCCUAUUAUUUUUGUGCUACACAGCUAGCUUUCUUUCUCUUGUUCAUAAAUGGUGAACUUUUUAUUCUGUCAGCAAUGUCCUAUGACCGUUAUGUAGCCAUCUGUAACCCUCUGCUCUACACAGCCAUCAUGUCACAAAGGGUGUGUCAGGCCCUGGUGGCAAUCCUCUAUCUUUAUUGCACAUUUGCUUCUCUUCUAGUUACCAUAAAAAUUUUUAAUUUAUCCUUCUGUGGCCACAAUGCCAUCAGUCAUUUCUACUGUGACACUAAUCCCUUGUUAUUUUUGCUCUGCUCAAACAAACAUGAAAUUCAAUUGAUCACCCUCAUCUUAGCAUCAAUUGAUUUGAUUACAUCUCUUUUAAUAGUUCUUGUUUCUUACCUGUUCGUUUUUGUGGCCAUUCUCAGGAUGAACUCAGCUGUGGGCAGGCACAAAGCCUUCUCCACCUGUGGAUCCCACCUAACCAUGGUGGUUGUGUUCUAUGGGACUUUAAUCUUUACGUACAUGCAGCCCAAGUCCAGUCAUUCCUUUGACACUGAUAAAGUGGCUUCCAUAUUUUACACCCUGGUUAUUCCCAUGUUGAAUCCCUUAAUUAAUAGCUUGAGGAACAAAGAUGUAAAAUAUGCCCUACAUAGGACAUGGAAAAAAAUAUGCAACAUCUUUUCUACAGUUUGAUGCACCAUGUGGUUCCUAUAAAUUACAUGAUUGGCCUCAAGCCUUGUCUGUGUGCCUCCAUAGGUUGUAGUGAGCACAAAUAUAUUCCACAUAUAUUUAUAAAUAUCCUAUGUGUCACUCACUCUUCUAAAUGCAUUGAUGAACAAAAGAGUAAAAACCUUUGCCUUUCUUGACGUGAAGAGGUACAUCACAAAUAUAAUUAAAUUUUAUAGUAGAGAAGAAUGCGUUGGGGCCCUGGUGGUGCAGUGAUUAAAUUGUUUGGCUGCUAACUGAAAGGUCAGCCUCCAGCAGCUUGCUUGGCACCCCCCUUAGCUUUACAUUAGAAUCCUGGUUUCUUUGCUUGAUAUGCUUCAUAGCUUUACAUUAAAAUCCUGGUUCCCCUCUUUUAACUGCUACCUAAACUAGAGGGAAUUGGCAGAAACUGCUUUAGAUGCCAUGUCGACAUUCAGGAUAACCUUUUAAACCUCCUACAUAGUAAAUUCUCCAUCUCUGGGUGGCAUUUAACCACCAUAUCCUGAACACAGG